UCCGGAGGGGGUUUGGGGCGCAGAGGCGGAUCCGGAGCGGGUUUCGGGGUGCGGGUUCCGGGGUGCGGUGCGAUGCCGUGGCUGCAGACGCUGUGUCUGCUGGCGGCGGCUCUGGGAGCUGCGGGGGGACACCCGCAUCCCUGCCGCAUCCCGCAGACCCUCCCCGGUCCCUCCGUUCGCCUCGGGGCUCUGCUGCCCCCCGGCCGCUCCCGGCUCCGAGCCGCUCUGACCGGGACGGGUCUCGGGGGACCGGGGUUACCCCAAAACCUCAGCCUGGAGGUGGCGGGGGGCGGCCCUGCGGCGCGGGACCCCGUUUCUCUGGCGCGGUGGCUGUGCGGGGCGCUGGCGGGGCGCGGGGCGGCGGCGGUGCUGGGGGUGCCCCGGUCCCGGCGGGAGCUGCUGCAGCUCCACUUCUUCGCCUCCGCCCUCCGCAUCCCCUUCCUCAGCCUCCUGGACAGCCGCGGGCCCCUGCCCUGCCCGGCGCAGAGCCCUUUCCACUUCCACAUGGAGCUGCAGGGCUCGCUGGAGAUGCUGGUGGACGUGCUGGUGAGCAUCUUGCAGGCCAACAACUGGCAGGAGACCAGCGCGGUGCUCUGCCACCCCUGGGACAUCUCCAUCUUCCUUGACCUUUGGGCUCACCGCUCUCAGCUCUUCCUCCAUGCCAUCCUGGACCUCGGCUACCUGGACAAGCCUGGGGCUACCAGCUACCUCCAGCAGCACCGGGAGCGCUUCCAGGCUCUCUCCAGCCCCGUGCUGGUGCUCGGCUGUGGCUUGCGGCACGCUCGGCUCAUCUUCCAGGCGGCCGAGGAGUCAGGGCUGCUGCUGCAGGAUUUCCACUGGGUGCUGGGCUCCCCGCUCAGUGCCAGCGAGCUGCAGACCGACGGGCUGCCCCUGGGGCUGCUGGCCUUCGGGGAGGUCAACCGGCCACCGCUGGAGGUCUUCAUCCAAGACGCGGUGCAACUGGUGUCCCACGCCGUCGCCAGUGCUGCCCGCGUCCACCCGGACUUGGCUCUCCUGCAGGCAAUGGCGAACUGCAGCGAUAGGCAGCGAGCGCGCGGCGAGACCUCGGGGGUUCUGCUUUCCCGGUUCUUGGCCAACACGUCCUUCCAUGGCCGGACGGGACCUUUGCAGGUGAAGAACGGGAUGGUGGUGAGGCCGGAGCAGCAGUUCCACAUCUGGAGCCUGCAGCUGGACUCACGCGGAGACCCCACCUGGGUGACGGUGGGCACCUGGCAGCACGGCAAGCUGGAGCUGGAGGAAGGCGCCUGGCAGAGCCACCGCCAGCGCAAGAGCCCCAGCGACGGGGCCAGUGGGACCCGCAUGAGGCUGCGGGUGGUGACGCUGGUGGAGCACCCCUUCGUCUUCACCAGGGAGGCGGACGAGGACGGGAGCUGCCCGGCCGGCCAGCUCUGCUUGGACCCCGGCACCAACGACUCCGCCGUGUUGGAUGCUCUCUUUGAGGAAUUGAGUGCCGAGAACGGCUCGGUGCCGCGGGCGUACAAGAAGUGCUGCUACGGGUACUGCAUCGACCUUCUGGAGAAGCUGGCGGAGGAUGUGCCCUUCGACUUUGAGCUCUACAUCGUUGGAGAUGGGAAAUACGGAGCCUGGAAGAACGGGCGGUGGACGGGGCUGGUGGGAGACCUGCUCAGCGGCACGGCCCACAUGGCCGUCACCUCUUUCAGCAUCAACUCGGCACGGAGUAAAGUCAUUGACUUCACCAGUCCCUUCUUUUCCACCAGCCUGGGAAUUCUGGUGAGGACCAAGGACACGGCGUCGCCUAUCGGGGCCUUCAUGUGGCCCUUGCACUGGACUAUGUGGGUGGGCAUCUUCGUAGCCCUGCACAUGACCGCGCUCUUCCUCACCCUGUAUGAGUGGAAGAGCCCCUACGGCAUGACACCCCACGGCCGCAAUCGCAUGAAGAUCUUCUCCUACUCCUCAGCCCUCAACCUCUGCUAUGCCAUCCUCUUUGGGCGCACCGUGUCCAGUAAGACACCCAAGUGCUGCACUGGGCGCUUCCUCAUGAACCUUUGGGCCAUCUUCUGCCUCCUGGUGCUCUCCAGCUACACGGCCAACCUCGCGGCCGUCAUGGUGGGGGACAAGACCUUCGAGGAGCUCUCGGGUAUCCAUGACCCAAAGCUCCAUCACCCCUCGCAGGGCUUCCGCUUCGGCACGGUGUGGGAGAGCAGCGCCGAGGAGUACAUCAAGAAGAGCUUCCCUGAGAUGCACGAGUACAUGCGGCGCUACAACGUCCCCACCACCCCCGCCGGCGUCACCAUGCUCAAGACGGAACCCCCCAAGCUCAACGCCUUCAUCAUGGACAAGUCGCUGCUGGACUACGAGGUCACCAUCGACUCCGACUGCAAAUUGCUGACUGUGGGCAAACCCUUCGCCAUUGAAGGUUACGGCAUUGGGCUCCCCCAGAACUCGCCGCUGACGUCCAACAUCUCCGAGUUCAUCAGCCGCUACAAAUCGGCCGGAUUCAUGGACCUCCUGCACGACAAGUGGUACAAGAUGGUGCCCUGUGGCAAGCGUGUCUUCGCCGUCACAGAGACCCUGCAGAUGGGCAUCUACCAUUUCUCGGGGCUCUUCGUGCUGCUCUGCAUCGGGCUCAGCGGGUCGCUGCUCACCUCGUUGGGCGAACACGUCUUCUACCGUCUCGUCCUGCCCCGCAUUAAGCGCAAGAAGAAAUUCAACUACUGGCUGCACACCAGCCAGAAGAUCCACCGGGCUCUGAACACGGGCACGGAGGAGCAGAGGAGCCAGCGGCUGAGCCUGGAGCAGAGAUGUGACCUCCAGCCCAGGCAGGCGCCAAUGGCAGAACAGCCCUGGAGUGUCCUGCGGAAGGAGGCACGACGGGUGCGCUUCCAGCUGGACAAAGCCGAGGAGCCCCCCUGGCAUCCUGGGAAUGGACAGGCACCGCAGCCUCCGGACAGGGCGGCCAGCGAGAGUGAGCUGCGGGAGCUGGAGGAGAAGAUCCAGGAGAUGAGGGACCAGUUGCGUGCAGCCCUGGUGAGGAAGAGCGAGUUGGUGGCCGUGCUGGGCACGGCGAAGAGCAACCGGGCACUGUCGGCACCGGAGGAACCCCGGGAGGAGAGGUGAUGUGGGGUGGGGGGCUGGGAUAGCCCCCAAAACACCCUGCAGGGAAGGUGGGUAGGGCAGAACGCACCCACUGCCCUUGCUCGGAGCAGGAAGAGGAGCAAGGGAAGGAAAAAGGCCCUUGGAGGGGGUGUCCUGCGGCUCACUCCCUUCCCCAAGUCCAUCUCUCCCACAGCUCCCGUCCCACCAGCGAUGGGGGCUUCGAAGUGCAGGGAGCAGCCUUGGAUGGAGGGUUCAGUUUUGGGGAAGGGGAGAGGAGAUGGGAGGAAAGAAGAGGUCCCUGCAGCCCCCAAAGUGCAGCCCAGCUGCCAGCAGAGCCUUCGGCAGCGCCGUGUUUUUAACCCAUGUAAAUAAAGAUGAUGGAGGAAAAAUGAAGUCUGCUUUUUCUCUCAUCCCAGCAAAGCAUGGGGCCAGGGUAACCCUUCUCCUCCCUCCUCCGCAGGCCCAGCCCAGCCCCGCUGCAGGACAGCGGGCAGGAGGAGGGCAAGUAGCCCUGAUGGGACAGCAGGAGAGACCAAAACUCCAACCUUCCCUCUGGGAGAGGCAGCCCCAGCACAGCAAAGCCAGGCUGAGCUCCACCUCAAACCAGAAAUAGAGCCUCACUGGAGCAGAUGGUGAGCUGGAUGGCACCAGGGUGGCCAGUUUCCCAGCUCACACAGAGUGCAGAGAGGCUGCAGGCUCAGCACGCUCCCCUCGCCUCUGCCAGGGAAGGGGGUUCAAUAACUGUGGGCAUCCAGGGUGACAGCACAGCCAGAGAACUUCCCAACCCAUAUCUCCACCUGCACAGAGGCUGCUGAGCUCCAUCUCCACUCCGAGCCAUGCUGGGAAGGAUGACGGCACUCUGGAGUACUUCGUGUGCUGCACUCGCACCACAAGGAUGCUCCUUGCACCUCAACUUCCAGCAGGAGCUCAGCACAACUGCUCCCAGGACGCCACAGGCGCUGUUAG